AAUUGCUGCUUUUUUUCGUGAUGCUGAUUGCUGAAUAUAUGCGUCCUGGUUGCUUUGUUGGUUUGUUUGUUGCUUCUCCUUUAUUUAAUCAAACCCCAAAUCUCCUCUCUUCUCUUCCAUUGCGGCUUGCCUUAUAACAUCGGGACAUCGCCUAGUCUUCACUACUUUGUAUUGAGAACCAACUAACUCCUCCCUUCCAGAGUUCCACUAACCACCUCCCUCCUACUCUUAGCAAAUGUCUCAGUUCCACACCAAAUCUCCAAAGCACUGCGCCAAUAAGAACGGAUUCAACAUAGAAAACCUACCCAAGAGGCUACUCUACGCCUUCUCCACCUUUCUUCUCUCUGUUUUCUCACUCAUCUUCCUUGUCUGGCUCAUCCUACGCCCUUCCAAGCCUGAGUUCUACCUCAAAGAAGCCGAUAUCUACCAAUUAGACGUCACAGCACCUCACCUUCUCAACUCUUCCAUACAAGUCACUAUGGUCACCAUGAACCCAAAUAAGAAGGUUGGGGUCUACUACGACCAGCUCCAAGUCUACGCCUCCUACAAGGGCCAACAGAUUACUCUCUACACUUCUCUUCCUCCAUUCUAUCAAGGCCAUGAAGAUAGCAAUCUGUUGACAGCUUCCUUGGUAGGACAGGGCCUCCCCGUGGCCCCAUCUCUUGGUUACGAAGUGGGUCGGGAUCAGACAGCAGGUAGUCUGGUUUUAAGUCUGAAGGUGAACGGAAGGCUCCGAUGGAAGGUUUGGACCUGGGUUUCCGGCCGAUAUCGGUUUAAUGUGGAUUGUGUUGCCAUUAUCGCCUUUCGUCCAUACGUUGUAUUCAUACCACCCCCUGUGAGUUCCAAACAAGGCGCUCAAUGUUCUACUAUUGUUUGAAUUUACAUGCUCAACCCAACAACCUAUCCAGCUACUCUAUCCAUGUAGUGUGAUUCUGAUUCGUGAAUAUAUAUAUUGUAUCUAUGUAAAGUUAGACGCUUAUAUAUAUCACUGGAUCGCUUUCUGUAAUACUCACUUAAAGAUAGGAUGGAAAGCUGUGGUGUAAAUUGAAGUGGGAUGCUAUAUACCUUAUCUUCUCCUUCC